AAAACCCUAACCCUCUAAAACCCAACCUCUUCUUCUUCUUCUUCACAUAGACAAAGAAGAAACCUAUCUCAUCAUCAAUGGUGAUGGCGACCUCAACCAAAGAACCCGGACUCGAAGCUCUGAAACGCCUGAAAUCUACGGAGGCGCCAGAAUGGCUAACACCGAACCCGUCUCUCUCUCAAACGGCUCGCGCCGCGUCAGAGCACCUCUUCGCUUCUCUGAAGCCCUUCACUCCGAAAUCCCCAUUCGAAAAGCUCUUGACCCAAGGGUUCGACGCCGAGCAGAUAUGGCAGCAAAUCGAUCUCCAAUCCCAUCCCCUCAUGUCGACUCUGCGCCGCGAGGUGAAGCGGUUCGAGAAGAACCCGGACGAGAUAUCGAAGCUAAAGAAGGUUCAGAAAGUUGAGCACAAGCGUUCUGAGGGUGUAAAGGGUGUUGUAGAAGAGGAAAGUGAUGGUCUUGAUGAGGGAUUAAAUGGGUUUGAUGAGGAAUUGGAUGAGGAUGAAGAAGAGGAAGAGGAGGAGGAGAAGGAGGAGGAAGAGAGAGAGAGUGAGGGUGAAGAGGAGGGAGAGGAAGGUAGAGAAGGUGGGAUUGAAGAUGGGUUUUUGAAGAUAAAGGAAUUGGAGGGGUUUUUGGAGGAUGGUGAAGCUAUGGAAUAUGGAUUAAAGAAGAAAGGUGAUGGGUUGGGUAAGAAAAGUAAGAAGAGUAAGGGAAGUGAAGAAGAAGAAGAAGAAGAUGAUGAUGAUGAAGAGGAUGAUGAGCUUGGAGCUUUUGGGCUUGGUGAUGAUGAAGACGAUGAUCAAAAUGCGGACAAGAUGGCAAGUUAUGAAGACUUUUUUGGUUCUAAUAAGAAAAAGGCUUCAAAACGAAAAUCAGAAGCGAAUGUUCGGUCAGAAGAUUUAGACAUAGGUGACGAACAAGAAGAUUCAGACAUGGGUGAUGGACAAGAAGAUUCAGACAUGGGUGAUGAACAAGAAGAUUCAGACAUGGGUGAUGAGCAAGAAGAUGAUGGGGCUUUUGAAAAUAAGAAGCAAGAGACUCUUUCUACCCAUGAAAAAGAACUUCAGAAGCUUCGAUCUCAAAUAGAGCUGAUGGAAAAGGAAGACCUUGAGCAACAAGAUUGGACCAUGCAGGGAGAGGUAACUGCUGAAAAAAGGCCAGUGAACAGUGCAUUAGAAGUUGAUCUGGAAUUUGAUCACAAUGUGAGGCCUGCCCCUGUGAUCACUGAGGAGGUUACAGUAGCACUUGAAGAAAUCAUAAAGGAACGGAUCCUUAAGGGACAGUAUGAUGAUGUGCAAAAGGCUCCUAGGUUGCCGUCUGUGGCUCCGAGAGAAAUCAAAGAGUUGGAUGAGAAUAAAAGCAAGAAGGGUCUUGCUGAAGUUUAUGAGGAAGAAUAUGUUCAGCAGACAAAUCUGAAUUCUGCCCCUUUGUCAUUCAAGGAUGAACAGAAGAAAGAGGCUAGCAUGUUGUUCAAGAAACUUUGCUUAAAGCUGGAUGCUCUUUCUCAUUUCCACUUUGCUCCAAAACCUGUUAUAGAGGACAUGUCUAUACAAGCGAAUGUCCCAGCUCUAGCAAUGGAAGAGAUUGCACCUGUGGCUGUCUCAGAUGCAGCUAUGCUGGCUCCUGAGGAAGUUUUUACUGGCAAAGGUGACAUUAAGGAAGAAACUGAGCUUACACAGGCAGAAAGGAAGAGGAGGAGAGCUAAUAAGAAGAGGAAAUUCAAAGGAUAAGCUAAUUGAAGGGAUAUCGAUGACAAGGAGUGACAGAAUUGAACAAAGUCAACACUUUACCUCUCAAUGGUCUUUGUACGCCUCAAGCAUCAAGCUGGCCUGGUCCCUAAUCAACUUGGUCAGAGUCACAAACAUUUCCAACUCCACCAUCUUCCACCUCUCCUCCAAUUGCACCCUCUUCUCUUUAUCAAUCAAUUCAAGUCCUCUCUUUAUCAAACUCUCCUCCAACAUCACAUUCUUAUCAAACCUUAACAUCCCAUUCAAACAUCUCCCCGAAACCCCAGCAGCAGAAGCAUCAGCAUCAGCAUCAGCAGAGCCCCAAAUUUUCUUCGACAAUUCGUAUGUCUUUCUAUCAUGGGGUUUCGAAAAGGUUGGGUCUUUACCAAACUCAUGGAACCCAAACUGACUCUGGUAAAAGCCAAGAUCCUCUGCCACCAAGAAGCGUCCAAACAGUGAAGCGGAAACGACGCCGUCGAAGCGGGUCAAGAAGAAAGACCCGGAACUGAAAUCCCAAGGCGGCAGCGGUGGUGGUAGGGAAGAGAAGAAGCUUUUUCCAGAGGCUGUGGAGCGAUGAUAAUGAAAUAGAAUUACUGGAAGGGAUGGUGAAUUACAGAGCUAUAAACGACGCUAAUCCUGCCGAAGAUGUUGCCGCGUAUGUUAAGAAGAGUCUCCACGUGGAAGUUAUGAAGGCCCAACUGGUGGAUAAGAUGAAAAGGUUAAGGAAGAAGUACUGCAAUAUGGCUGGGUGAGGAAAGAAAGGUAAAGACCCAACCUUUUCGAAACCCCAUGAUAGAAAGACAUGUGAAUUGUCGAAGAAAAUUUGGGGCUCUGCUGAUGCUGAUGCCUCUGCCGCUGGGGUUUCGGGGAGAUGUUUGAAUGGGAUGUUAAGGUUUGAUAAGAAUGUGACGUUGGAGUAGAGUUUGAUAAAGAGAGGACUUGAAUUUAUUGAUAAAGAGAAGAGGGUGCAAUUGGAGGAGAGGUGGAAGAUGGUGGAGUUGGAAAUGUUUGUGAUUCUGACCAAGUUGAUUAGGGACCAGGCCAGCUUGAUGCUUGAGGCGUACAAAGACCAUUGAGAGGUAAAGUGCUGACUUUGUUCAAUUAUGUCACUCCUUGUCAUCAAUAUCCCUUCAAUUAGCUUAUUCUACAGAGGAAUCUCAGCCUUUAUACCAAAGAUUUAUUCCUUGAUUUUGGUGGUUUAAAGAGUAUUAAAAUUUGGAAUAUUAGAAUUAGAAAUGCGAUUUGAGCUAGAGCUCAUUGACAAUAAUUUACUUAGAAAUGGGCAUAUAAAUUAUGAAACAUAAAGGCAAAGACUUGAUAAGAUUAACAGAACAGUUUGGCUAGCGAAAAUUGCCAGUAUAAAGGCUAGUGAGAGAGUCCAAGACAGCUUUUUUUAAAAAAAAUUAUACUUGGGGAGGGUGAGUUUGUGAUUCAUGAGGUCAAGAUCUACUUUAUGCAUUUAAAACUUAAAAAGAGGAGUAAAUUAUUGAUUUUGAGAUACAUGGUUGCAGCUGAGGCAGCUAAACGGACUGCAAAGAAGCCACGAGACAGCACAUCCCUAAACCAUGAUCAUGGUAA